GCUCGCGUGCCCGGAUAAGUUAACCAACAUCCGGGUAAUUGUGUCCUGGAGCCACACUUAACAUGGCGGCUGGGAAGUGAAGUGCGCGUGCACGCUGUGGGCUAUUCUGAGGUCCAGUGAACAGACUGAGACUAAAACAAAAGCUCUAAUUUUAUUUAUUAUUUUGUUUAUUUUUUAAUAAACUUGGCAAGGAACUGUUUAAAUAAAACAUGGACAGCGACGACGAUGAUGUGGAGGAGGUUGUAGAAGGCCCACUAGACGAUGACGAGCUCCCACAUGGCUUCUGUACCGUCACCUACUCCUCCAGUGACCGCUUCGAAGGCCAUUUCGUCCAUGGAGAAAAGAACGGAAAGGGCAAAUUCUUCUUUUUCGACGGCAGCACUUUAGAGGGCUUCUAUGUAGACGAUGCACUUCAGGGGCAGGGUGUGUAUACUUACGAGGACGGUGGAGUGCUGCACAGCACCUACAUGGACGGCGAGCUCAAUGGUCCUGCUCAGGAGUUCGACCCGGAAGGACAUCUGAUCUUCAAGGGCCAGUACAAGGAUAACAUCCGCUGUGGCAUCUGCUGGAUUUAUUACCCGGACCGAGGCUGUGUGGUGGGCGAGGUCAACGAGGACGGAGAGAUGACUGGGAAAGCAGUGGCUUACGUUUACCCCGAUGGACACACGGCUCUGUACGGGAGCUUCGUGGACGGGGAGCUCAUCGAGGCUCGACUGGCCACGCUGACCGAUCAGGAGAACGGCAGACCUCACUUCACUGUUCAGCCCGACAGUCCUGUUUACUCCUAUGACAAAUCCACUUCCUCCUGUAUCGCUGCUCACAAAACGCUUGUCGACCCCUAUGAGAGCCAGCGUGUGUGUGUAGGGCAGUCGCUGAUCUCUGGAGCAGGAGAAGGCCUGUUCGCCAAAAUCGACGCAGAUGCCGACACCAUCAUGGCCUUUUACAAUGGAGUGCGCAUCACACACACAGAGGUGGACGCCCGUGAUUGGUCCAUGAAUGGGAACACCAUUUCGUUAGAUGAGGAGACAGUGAUUGAUGUCCCUGAGCCCUUUAACCAUACAGAGAAUUACUGUGCAUCACUUGGACACAAAGCCAAUCACUCCUUUACCCCCAACUGCAAAUACGACCCGUUUGUUCAUCCUCGCUUCGGGCCAAUAAAAUGCAUCCGAACAAUCCGAGCGGUACAUGAAGAUGAGGAACUCACAGUGGCUUAUGGUUACGACCAUGAAUCUUCUGGGAAAUCAGGUCCAGAGGCUCCAGACUGGUACAAGCAGGAGCUACGCGAGUUUCAAGAAAGAGAAGCUGAAAAAAGAGUGAAGGACUCUUGUUAACCACACUCCCUACCAAAAAAAGAGUUUUUGCAUCAUGCCAAGCAACACCUAGAUCUGACUCUUUUACUGUCUUGCUGUUCGCUAACCAUCUGUCUUUAAUCCUUUUCUCGAUAUCCUCUUAACCCUGCUCUCUUUAUUGUUCUCUUUGCAUUGAAGGCUCGGCUUUUGCAGAAUCUUGUUGUAUAAUAUAAAGGUGCUAUGAUGUGGACAGAUCUCAACACCUGCAUCAUGAUUGCAGUAAUAUAAAGAGAGUGACUGAAGCACAGCAUGAUGAUGUGAAUGAGCUCCGUGACUCAUCUGAAGCGAGAACUAUGCACUACCGAACCCAGCAGGUGUUCUUUGCUGUUACGCUAACUUCUACAAGCAUCGGCAUUGCAGUUUAUUAGUAUGUGGUUAAACUCCCAUAGCUAUCGCUAUUGCAAUUUGUGCAUUUGGCACUCUUGCAGUGCAGGUAUUACAGUUCGCAUCGUCUCUUCAGCUUCAAUUUAAUUGCACUGAGACUUAACUGCAACACUAGGUUCUACUUAUGUUUUGAAGAACAGUAUUAGAACUGCUCACGCACUGUACAAGUUUCGUUUUUGCCUUUUUGGUUUUUAAAUCGGUAAGAAAAGUAUGAAAGCGCAUUACGUUUGUGUGUGUAUGUGAGAGAAAGACAGAAAGAGUCAGUGGAAUGAGUAGCAGAUCACAAUAAGAAAUGAAUUCAGGUCUUUGAUAUGCAGUAUCUCUAAUCCAGGAUUUAUCAAUAAAACAUUAAAAACAUGA